AUGUCUUGGCAAGCGUAUAUUGAUGACAGCCUUAUUGGCAGUGGUAACAUGCACAGUGCGUCCAUCGUCGGUCUAUCUGAUGGAAGUUAUUGGGCCUAUGGGGGAACUUAUAUUCCACAGCCAGAAGAAGUUGCUCAUAUAUUGAAAUGCCUGAAUAAUUUGUCCCUCGUACAAUCUUCCGGUGUAACUAUUUACGGUGUGAAAUUUUUCGGUCUGCAGUCAGGUGUCGAUGGACAAAUGAAGUAUAUCUUUUUUAAGAAGGGUGCUGCAGGGGGUUGUAUAUAUACAACAAAGCAAACAGCUAUUAUCGCUGUUUACGGGAAUCCUGGCGAUGCAUCAUCCUUGCAACAAGAUCUUAAAAAAGCAAAACACACCGAGGCUGUUGUUAAUCCAGCUGAUUGUAAUGCGACAGUAAAAAGGAUUGCAGAGUAUCUCAUAAGUUUAGAUUACUAG